CUCCUCCUCUCCAUUCUCCACACGACCCACUCCUCCUAUUCGCCGCAUCCCCUUCUCCUCCAUCGACGGCGACGGCCUCCCACCACCGCCGACUCCUUCCUCUCUCUCCUAAGAGAAGUGAGAUGGCUAGCUUGGAAGGUUUCGAGUUCUUCGAGAUCGUAAUUGAGAAAUCUUGCAGUAGGCAGAGGCUGCCUGACAAGUUUGCGAAGAUGCUCGCCGGCCGUGAGCCCCACAAAGUGAAGCUGCGGGAGGCCGGCAGCGGGCUUCGCAGGCUGUGGGACGUGUUGGUGGUGUUCGAUGGCGAAGGCCACAUGCACCUAGGGCCCGACUGGGAUCAUUUCGCCCGCGCCCAUGAGCUACAGCUCGGGCACUUCCUUGUCUUCCGCUACGAUGGCGACGCCAUGUUCACCGUGAAGAUGUUCGGCAACACCAUGUGCCGCAUGUACUACCAGCACAACGACGAUGCUAGCAAUGGGAGCAGCAGCGGGGAUGACGAGGAGCAGAGCGGGGAUGACGAGGAGCAGCCUAUACUGGCUGACGAAGACCCUGCUAUGGUGGUGGCGGAUGACGACCUUGCUAUGAUGGUGGCCGACGACGACCCUGCUAUGGUGGUGGCGGACGACGACCUUGCUAUGGUGGCUGACGAUGACCUCGCGAUUGUGGUGCCUAAUGAUGACCUCGCAAUGGUGGUGCCUGACAAUGACCUCAUGAUGGUGGUGGCGCCUGCAAUCCCACAGCUUGGCGACAUGACCAUGCCAAUUGUGGUUGAGGAGUACAUCCGCGUCGGGAUUCGCCACUCUGAGCGCAUAAGGUUGAUGAAGGAGAAGAAGGAGGAGUGAAGAUGUUAAGAAAUGAAGUGGCAAUGUUAAGCAUGUUAGGUUUAAGCUUGUUAGUGUAAUCUGAACAUGUCAAUGUUAAGUAUGUCAGGUUUAAUUUUGUGCAUGCUCAUGGAUGCUGUAUGACAGUGUCAUCUAAACAUGUCAGUUUCUUAAUUAUGAAUAUUCAGUUUGGUAA